GCUUCCCUUCCCUCUGACAUAAAUACAAGGCUGUUGGCAGCUGAUCGUACAGUCAUCAUCAUCCAGGGUUAGCUGAGAAUUCCAACCCCUCUGUGUUCCUUCCCAUGACCAGAUUCAACGCCUGAACCGGAGACAUAACACUACGCUACGUCUUGAAUUGGGUUUUCAGUGAGUGAAUCGGGGACUCUUCAUCGCAGUGCCAUGGAGUUCCCAGACCUGGGAGAGCAUUGUUCUGAGAAGUCCUGUAAACGGUUAGAUUUUCUGCCAAUGAGAUGUGAUGCAUGUGAAGAAAUCUUCUGCAAAGACCACAUCACUUAUGCCAAUCAUAAGUGUAAUUCAUCCUACAAGAAGGAUGUGCAGGUUCCAGUGUGCCCCCUAUGCAACACGCCAAUCCCCAUCAAGAGGGGGGAGAUGCCCGACAUCAAGGUGGGAGAGCACAUAGACCGCGACUGCAAGUCGGACCCAGCGCAGAGGAAGCGCAAGAUCUUCACGAAUAAAUGUUCGAAAGGAGGCUGUAAGCAGAAGGAGAUGAUCCGGGUGACGUGUGACGAUUGCCACCAGAACUACUGUCUGAAGCACAGGCACCCGCUCGACCACGACUGCAAAGCGGAUGGCAAAUCGGUCUCCAAAUCGGGGCAUGCUGCUCUGAUGAGAUCCCAGGCCUCCUCCAGUGGCAGUGCUGCCACUUCCUCCAGCAGAGGGAGCUCUCGCCCCGUCUCCAACGGAGUGCCAGGCAAUUCCAGAGCACAAAACAAUGCACAAGGUUCAUACACCUUACCCUCUCCCGUCAAUCCACCUCCAGCACAGAAUGUUAUACCCCCUUCAGCCUCUUUCCAAGCUGGGCUGACGGAGGAGCAGGCCCUGCAGAGGGCACUCGAGAUGUCUCUGGCCGAGUCGGCACGCAGUAGCCCAGCUGCUCUCAGUCCGCAGGAGCAGGAGGAUCUGGCGUUGGCCCAGGCCCUGGCUGCCAGCGAGGAGGAGUACCAGCGGCAGCAGCAGCGGCGACAACAGGUAGCACGCCCCGCCCCUCGCACCCGCACCCGCAACCGCCCUCGCACGCUUAGCAGAAACUAGCGGCUGCUCUCAGUAGCAUGCUAACAGGAGCCCCAAUAGGCGAGAGAUUCCAAACAGUCCAGCUGCAGCAUGUCCUAACACAAGAGCACAAAGUACACCGAGAUGUACCGACACACACACCGAUCUGUAAAGACGGACAGAUGAAUCCUUAUCGACCAGAUAUGGACCAGGACCGACAGUUGUACCCAGAGACUCAUGUAUAGAACGGUCUGGCCUGGUCCAAUCCAAUCUGCCUUGCACACACAGGCAGCUCCAGUGUGGUUCUGUCUCUCAGAACCUUCCUGGUCCAGCCUGUAAACCAGCUCUGAAAAGCUUGAUCUUCUAGUCUUCUUAUAGUCUUGGGCUUCCUACGACUCUGUACCUGACACAGACAUCUGGGCUGCUCACAGACUUCCAACAACAAUCGCUGCGUUUCUACUUUUUCUUCUUGCUUAAAAAUGUACAUAUUUUAUAUAAAGAACAACGGUAAUCAAUAACAUAGUUCUUUUCUUGAAUAAAUUAUUUUAAUGAUGUUGAGUUUUGGUGUGUGUGUGUGUGAUUUUCAGUUUUAUUUUCAUUCAGUUCCUUUUUUCUUUUCUUUUUUGCUGUAUUUAUUGCCGCAAGUAAGAAAAUUGUGCUUUUUAGCCACUUAAUUGAGGAUGCAUAAUGGGAAAUUGAAUUUGUGACAACAGUAAAUGUGAACUGCAUUCGUUUCCUGUGCUCGUUA